GGCUCCUUUCCAAGCGAAGGAGCAGCGGCUCUACUCCGAGUCUCUCUCGGGUGACUGAACUUCUCACCCUAUCUCUAAGGGAGAUGCCAGCCACCCUUCUGAGGAAACUCAUUUUGGCCGCUUGUAUCCGCCAUCUUAUUCUUUCAGUCAUGACCCACACUUCAUGACCAUAGGUGAGAGUAGGAAUGUAGAUAGCUCGGUAGGCCGAGAGCUUUGCCUUCUGGCUCAGCUCUCGUUUCGUCACACCAGUGCGGCAGAGAGACUGCAAUACUGUUCCGAUUCUCCGACUGAUUUCCUUCUCCAUCUUUCCCUCACUCGUGAACAAGACCCCGAGAUACUUAAACUCCUCCACCUGGGACAGAGUCUCGUUCUCUACCUGGACUGUACAAACCAUCGGUUUCCUGCUGAGAACCAUGGCCUCAGAUUUGGAGAUGCUGAUCCUCAUCUUGGGCCAUCAUAUUUGUCUUCUUCAGACUGAUAGUCAGGCUGAACUCGUCGCAUGCCUUUGCAAAGCGGUCCAUCAGGCUCUGUAGCUCUUCUUCUGUGUGGGUGGCCAGAGCAGCGUCAUCUGCAAACAGCAUGUCUCUGAUGGUUACCUCCCGGACCUUGCUCUUUGCUUUUAGGCCAGCCAGGUUGAACAGUCGGCCGUCUGACCGAGUGUGGAGGUAAACACCCUCGGUCGACGAUCCGAAGGCGUGCUUCAGCAGAACGGCAAAGAAGAUGCCGAAGAGAGUGGGAGCGAGGACACAGCCCUACUUGACGCCACUGCGGAUGUCGAAGGCAUCAGACGUUGAGCCGUCAUAUUGAACUGUGCCUUUCAUGCCGUCAUGGAACGACUUGAUCAUGCUCAGGAGUCUCGGUGGGCAGCCAAUCUUCGCUCGGACUGUGAAGAGCCCAUCCCUGCUGACAGGUCAAACGCUUUGGUCAGGUCUAUGAAGGCCAGAAAGAGGGGCUUGUGCUGCUCUCUGCACUUUUCUUGCAGUUGCCUGAUUGUGAAGACCAUGUCAAUGGUUGAUCUUUCCGAGCGGAACCCGCACUGUGACUCUGGGUAUACUCUAUCAGCAAGCUUCUGCAGUCUGUUCAGGAGGACGCGUGCAAAGACUUUGCCUACGAUGCUUAGGAGAGAUAUUCCUUUGGGGGUGCAGGGGUCAGGGGUCAGGAGAAGAAGAAUUUACCAAAGACUCGUUUGCUGACUGGACUGCAGACUAGAACACACAAGAAGGAAUGUUAAAAACUGCAAAAUGUGGCCUUUCAUGUCAUACCACCACUUGGCUGCUGGACUUGCUGCAUGACGAUGCAUUUCCUGCAUGUCCUCCUGGGGACUUUGGUGCUGACAUCAGGCGUGCAAGCAGGCAAAUGUCCAGCAGUGUGCAGCUGCGACAACACCAAGCUCUCGGCCACCUGCCUUGGGAAGAACCUGACCCAGGUUCCUCCAAGUCUUGAGGAGAGCACGGUCAUGCUGGACCUGAGCAACAACAAUGUGCAGGUGCUGGCGAGAGGAGCCUUGGUGGGCACGCCCCACCUGACGCACCUGAGCCUGCAGCGGUGCAACAUAGUGCAGGUGAAGGAAGGGGCCUUCCGCACGCUGGGCCGCCUGCUCUCCCUCAACCUGGCCCACAACAACAUCCAGGUCCUUUACCAGGAGUCCUUGGACGGCCUGUCCUCCUUGAAGGAGCUUCACCUGGACCACAACCGCCUGGAGGAGAUCCAGCCUGGGGCCUUCAUGCAGCUGGGCUCUGUCAACAUGCUGGCUCUCUCCCACAACCAGCUGGUCUACAUCCCCAACAUGCUCUUCCAGGGCCUGCAAAACCUGAAGUGGCUCAGCCUGAGCCGUAACUCCAUCAACAACUUGGCCCCUGAGGCCUUUGCCAGCCUGUUGGCCCUCAGGCGCCUCAGUCUGGACCACAACCAGCUGCAGUUCUUCCCCACGCAGGCCAUGACCAGAGCCCGUGAGGUGACCCGUCUGGACAUGAGCCACAACCCCAUGGUCUACCUGGGAGAAGAGUCCGUCUCCAUGGCCAAGCUCACACACCUGUACCUGGACCACAUGUCCCUGCAGGACCUCUCAGAGCAGGCCUUGUCCCAGGCCCCCAUGCUCUCCCACUUGGACCUGAGCCACAACCAGCUGCGCUACCUGGACCCUCUCUCGGGCCCCAACAACCUGGCCAGCCUCAACCUGACAGCCAACCCCGUCUACUGCAGCUGCUACAUGCGGCCCCUGAGGACCUGGGCCAGCCAGGCCGCCGUCCGGCUGCUGGGGGCCUGCGCCGGACCGCCUCACCUGUCCGACGAGCCGCUGACAGCCGUGGCUGCCGCCGACAUGCGUUGCCGCAGCAACGGGGACCCGCUGAAGGAGGAGUUUGAGGAGGAGGUGAUGGCGGGCGGCGGCGCACCGACACCUGCGGCAAAGACCAAGGGCCACGUCAGAUGUCCCCUCAACUGCCAUUGUGAUGUAGACUGGCAUCACGCCACAUGUGAGAACGGAGGUCACACCAGAGUCCCGCGAGGCUUUCCCGCCAAAACGCAGCUCCUGGACCUGCGCAGCAACCACUUCCACGUCCUGCCUGCCAACAGUUUCCCAGGCAGCAGCCAGGUGGUCUCUCUGCACUUGGACUCAUGCAGGAUCCAGGAGGUGGAAGGAGGUUCCCUGCGAGGGAUGAAGAAGCUCCUCUACUUGUAUCUCUCUGACAACCAGCUCACCUCCCUGCCUCCUGACGCCCUGGCAGGUGCGCCCCAGCUCAGCUACCUGCACCUGGAGGGCAACCACCUGGCACACUUCCCUGGAGCAGCGAUGAGACUCCUCCCAGGCCUGUUCGCAUUACACCUGGAGAGAAACGCUAUCUCCAAGCUGGAGCCGUCUGGUCUGCUGUCCUCGGUCUCGCCCGGACUGCGAGAACUCUACCUGAGCAACAACACCAUACGCUUGGUGCCAAGAGGUGCUCUGGACUCCGCCUUCCUUGGCAAACUUCACCUGGCUGCCAACAAACUCACCAAGGUUCCAAGCGCCGCCCUGUCCAGGACCCCCGGUCUGGAGGAGCUGAACCUGUCCCACAACCGCAUUCUGUCCGUAGGACCCAACGCCUUCAAGCCGCUCUCCCAAAGUCUGAAAUGGCUCUACAUGGACCGGACCAACACUGAGAAGAUGUCCAGGGACGCCCUGGCAGGACUUGGUCCAGGACUGAAGACUCUCACCCUGAGAGGGAACCGGCUGAAGGAACUUCCCCACUUGCACUGGCUCACCGGCUUGGAGGUGCUGGACUUGCAAGGCAACCCCCUGCUGUGCGACUGCACCUUGCUGCCCCUGCGCAGGUGGAUGGACAACGUGAGCAUGGAGGUUGGUGCCACCUGUGGCCACCCUGCACACCUGAAAGGUCAGAAGGUCAGGGAUGUGGAGCUUUUUAAGUCUUGUAGUCCAGCAAGUGGCUCUGCUUUGGACACUAAAGGUCUUGUGGUCCCCGCUCAAGUAAAGCUCAAACAAGCCCGAGUGAACCUGGUGAAAACUAAACCUGGGAAGAACCUGGUGAAGACUAAACCUGGGAAGAACCUGGUGAAGGUUAAACCUGGGAAGAACCUGGUGAAGACUAAACCUGGGAAGAACCUGGUGAAGACUAAACCUGGGAAGAACCUGGUGAAGACUAAACCUGGGAAGAACCUGGUGAAGACUAAACCUGGGAAGAACCUGGUGAAGCAGUCCAAGGCAACGAAGAAGAAGAUUGAGAGGAAACCUGGAGGAGUAACCGUGUCGAAAAAGAAAAAACUGAUGAACAAUUAAAAUAUUGAUUUGGUAGCGUUUUCUUUGAUGUGCUGAGCAUGUUACAGACUGACAACAUUUGCUGUGCAAGAGUCUUCUAUGUGUGUGUAUUGUGUGGUGUAUGAAUCAAAUAGUCAAUAAAACAAUGUAUAUUGUGUGGUGUAUGA